UAGACCGCGGGCCGAGGUGCAUUUUCUUUUCAUCUCGUGCCUCAAAUUUGUAUCUAGCUGUAUUUUGGUCAACAUGUUUAAAAAUAUUUAUUACAGUCACAUCUGAAACUCGUCAGUAACAAAACUUGCACAUUUUCUGAAAAUAUGAAAAAACAAAAAACAAAUUUGAGACAAUUUUUCACUUUCUACGGUAAGAAUGACCAAUCACAAUACGUUGCUGAUAGCAUGAUGUGUGGAGUGACUGGCUUUUGGCCAAUCAUAUUCUUUGUUUUAUGCGCACGCCUAUGCGACUUUUACUGUGCACUGCGACUUUCACUGUGUACUAUGGCGACUUCUGAGUCGUUUGAUGCCAGUGAGACGGACAAUUCUGAGGCUGGUGAAUCCACUUUCUGUUCCAUACAUGUCAUCGAUACUCAGAGCAAGAUUAUACCAUUUAGUGAUAAAAGCUAUCAAAAGUGUAAGGAGUGUGCAGCUAAGUGGGUAAUCGUGGAAGAGAGUUUAGAAAGUGAAGUUGCAGAGAAGUUGCAAGAACACGUACACGAAAGUGAAGGUGUGGGACAAGUCGGUCUUCAGUCAUCGACAACAAGCAGGGAGCACCAUACUCGGCUUCGAGGAUAUCAUGCUGAAUGUUACCGACACUUUUGCAACGUAACGACAAUCAGUAGAGCAUUGACAAGACUUCAGAAGAAGAGAGAUGCUGAGAAGACAUCUACAGAAGAUCCAGAGGAAGUGUCAGCAAGUGAGGAUGCCCCUGCACCCAAGAGACUGCUGCGGUCGAGAGUAUCCCAUGAAAAUCAACCCUCUACCAGCCAUGACUUUGAUAAGCCGCAUGUAUUGCCAGUCCAUUGCAUUAUCUGCAAAGGAGCUAAGUAUAUCCGCGAACAGUCUUCUGGUAAACGGAAGGUAGAAAAAUUAAUUCUUUGUGAAAGAAAAGAUGGGGGGCAUCUGUUAGAGGCCGCUUUAUUAAAGCAAGAUGAACAAUUGCUUUUACACAUACGUGGGAAAGAUCUUGUUGCAAUAGAAGUAAGGUACCAUAAAUCGUGCUAUUACAGGUAUACAAAAGUUGUGAAGAGAUGUAAUACUUAUAAACAGGAUACUCAGCAAACAGUAAUAUAUGAUAAGUCAUACUCUAGUUUCUGCAAAAAGGUAAUUGAGGAAAGGAUAAUGAAAAAUAAGGAGAUCCUUAGGCUGACUAAGCUGAACCAACUCUUCAUCAAGGAAGUCAGGGGAGUUGAAGGAUUAGAUGCCUCCUCCUUCAAAACCUACCGAUUGAAAGCACGAUUGAAAUCCUGCAAAAACAGGGUAAAGAUAUGAAUAUACCAAUUUCUGUUCAAACACAGUUGUUUGGGACAACUAAGGUCACACUUGUAUGAUGUUGUAUUUUACUGUUCAUGUGAUUUAUAUGAAAACUUUAGAGAUUGAUGAGGCUUAAAAAUUUAUAACCACUUUGAAUAUAUAGUCAUUUACAGUAUUUGUGAGGUCAAUGUAUAUACUUCCAGCAAAAUGUUUUUGAUGCCCAAGUCUAGUAGUGGUUUAUUGACUGCACUGCACAUUCAAUUGUUUAUGGUACAUAGUCAUUUAGACAAACAUAACAUGAAUCCAUUGUUACCAUGUUUCACUCAGGUGUACAUGUACAUGUAAAUGGGUACCCAUCUAACCAGAGCAGUACAUAUUUUGUUGCUAGGUAUUACUACAUGCAGGUAAAGAGAAGUGUCAUAAAGCAUAACAAGUGCUCUAUAAACAGGAACCAAUAUUUUAUUUUGAAAAUUCCUGAUACAUGUUGAGUAAUGGUCAUUCCCUUUGUCAUUCUGGAAAGUAUUUGUUCUUCAUGUAUUUUUUUUUCAUCAUGACUUGACACUGAAAGUUGUUUCUCAAUAUGUUAAUGUAAGGGAAGAAAAUACUUGUAGAUGUCGGGAGAUAAAUGUGUUUUUUGCCUCUAUUCACUGCUAAAUAAAUACAUUGUACCAUUGUAGGUAUAGAUUUGAACUGGACAUGUAAGUAUUUUGUUCCAUUGUGAAAAAAUAUUCUAAUUGUGCACUAUCGGAGGAUUGAGAUUAAGUAGUUCACAAUUUUGUAAAUACCAUGAUUAGUAAUUGAAAUGUAUUCACGUUUAAGUUUAUGUUUUAUGCUGUACAAAUGUGGGUAUCUGGCAAUUCUUGUUUUUGUCAUCAACGUAAUGGAGGGAAAAUAUUGUUAAAAAUAUAAUUAAAUCAUCAAAUCAUCAAAGGCAAGUAGCAAGGAAGUUGAUUUAUGUCUGGUUUCCAUGCCUUGUAUGAAUCAAUGAUGGAUUUUCUCCCUCUAACAGUACACAAUGAUAUUGAACAUUUGAAAGUCAUUGUAUGAAUUAAUUCUCUGUAUUGCUAGUACAGUAGACUUAUACUUGUUCAAAAUCUGUUGGGGCAGUUUAAUAGAUUUGGUAUUAAGGAAUGAGUUUGAUCAUUGUUAUGAAAAAAACAAAAACAAAACUGCCUGGAAAUUUCCUUUAAGAGCCAGAAAAGUGUACCUCAUCAUGAAUACAAUUUAUUUUUCUUACAAUGAAUCUACUUCAUACUAUGCAUUACGUCUACUGCCCCCCCCCCCCCCACCCCAUUGUCAAAACUUCCUGUGAUUUUGCAAUGUAUUUGAGAUACAUGUAGUUAAAAGAUGAUUAAAAAUAUUGAUUGAAUAUGGAAA